AUGGGCUUGUCACUCGGAGAGGAGGACGAGCGAUUUGGAUGCCAUGAGAAGUACUAUGAGCAGGCUGAAGAAAGUGGUGAUAUUCAUGUGAUUGAAAACGUUCCUGAAUACCCUGUCAAAUCAAUGGUGGAUCGCUUUCUGAACCAUGGUGACGAAAAUGGUCCAUGGAAGUGCGAGUAUGCCCAAGUGGACCCGAGACUGUUUGGGUUCAGUACAGCGAGACCCAGAGUGUAUGGCCUAGCUUGGAACUCCAAUGUCGUGCAAUGGGAUCCCAAAUUCGAAUUUCUGGAGAUUCUCGAAUGUUUGAAGGAAAGCAAUUUGCGGGACUAUUUGUCGAACAUGUCCAGCAAGGUGAGACCAGGGUGGCAGGUGGCAGACUUGUGCCAACUUGUCCGUACAGGGCGUGCGAGAACCGAUACCGUGGACAACCAUCUCAUGACCAUCACCACAAAUUCCACCCGGCUUUACUCGAAGGACAAGGGGCGCUACAUGUCUUCGAAGGAGCUGUUGAGCUCACAUGUCUUUCCUGUGACCCAGCGCCACUCCAAGAAAGUUGGCUCCCCCAUGCUUCAGAUCGACACAACUGAGGGCAAGGCAGCCAAGAUGGCAGGCAACAGCAUGAACAUCCCAACGAUGGGAGCCUUUGUGCUGGCGGCUGUGCUGGGUCUGAGCUAG